GAAUACCCCUUUCAUGCAUUCAGGGUUUUUCUUUUCUUUCAGUAAAAGCAGAUGACCUCCAAACUAUUAAGAGAGAGCUUUCUCAAAUCAAACACAAGGUUGACUAUCUGCUGGAGAGUCUGGACGGGAUGGAGAAAGACCACAGCAAGAAAUCCGAGGCGAAGAGUGUGAAGGCAGAAGUGAGUGAGGCUUCCUCCCUGCAGCAUUCCAGCAAGAAAGACAGAGAGAGAGAAGAGCAAGAGAUAAACGAUUCUGAGGAGGAGAGAGAUCUGUUGGAAGAAGAGGAGGAGGUUAAAAGCCAGGGAGGAGAGAAUGAAGAAGAGGAAGAAGAGGAGGAAGAGGGAGAGCAUGUGGAAGGGGAAGAUGAUGGUGACAGCGUUAAUGGCGACGACUCAUAAGCUGUUUUAAACACCAAGGAUACCAGACACACACUCAAAAUUCAGCCCUUUCAGUUCUUUUGAAAGGAUGAAGCCAGUCUUUAAAGGAUUUGUCUAUUAUGAUGUAAAUGCCUGCACUCUUAUAAUAACUGACACUACAAUUACAUCAGGUUCACUGAUGUCAGUUUAUUCUUAAUGUAAGCAUGACAACUUUUCAGGCUUUUGAAGUGUCCGAAACUAUUACAUUCUCCAGUUAUUCUUCAUCACUCUGACAAGAACCAGAGAGGUUUUUAUUUUUCAGAAUAUGAAGAAUAUGUCCAUUAUGCAUUCUCAGAGUAAAACUGGCCUGUUCCCUGUUUCCCUGUGUCUCUUACGGGAAUUUUCUUUCUGUGAACAAAGGUAAAAUUUGUAUUUUUAAAGGGAGAAACUUGAACGGCUCCUCUACAGAGAGACAACAAGCUUCCAUGAAACAUCUAUGUUUGUAUUUACUUGUCUUUUUUAUAUUGCCCUGUUUCAGAAUAAUUCUACAGGAAAAUUUCAAUAAAAUAUUAAAUUAAA